AUUAAAUAUAAUUACAUGUAUUCAAAAUUUGUACAACUAUUUAUUGUUUCAUAUUUUUGUUAUAUUCACAAUUUUUUAUUAAAAUGGCAGUGUUUAAUCCCUUUGAUCCCUUAAAAAAUGUUACACCGCGGUUUACAGAAGAACAACUAAACGAAAUAAUAGAAUUUUUUGAUGAGAAAGCCAAACCUUUAUUAACUAUAGAUGAUGGAGAACCUAUUAACGUAAUAUCAAUUGAAAAUUUUAUAGAAUUCCUGGGACUGAAAAAAUAUCAUAGACGACAUUUCAAUUACCCUACAUAUAUGGAAAUCAUGGCUGAGGCAGAACGUUUGAGGGCUGGAGUGACUAGAGUAUUGACAAAGGAGCAAGUUAUUUACAUGUUAGAUAAACGGGUUAUAGAAGCAACAAUAAAACAUGAAUUACUUUUGGCCUUUCAAGUUUUUGACACGGAAAAACGAAAUUUCCUAGAGCUUGGAGAGUUUCUAUCGAUAGUUACUGAUUACGGAGAUGGUUUCAAUAAAGAUGAAAGUAUAGAAAUAUCGCGUGAUGCGAAUAUACGUGGUGAUGGAAACAUAUUUUAUGAGAACUUCGUUGAAAAUUUAUUUGCCAUGGCGCCAGAACUCUACGAAAUAACGACUGAUUUUCUCUAUACUGAUCCCGAUGAAGAUCCGUCAGUCCCGCCACUUCCUCCGGAGCCCGAACCAGAGCCUGUCGUUGAAACACCUCCACCCCCACCCCCACCUCCUCCACCCCCAGCAAAAGGAAAAGCUGCAGCGAAAGGAAAAAAGAAGUAACAGAAUGGUUUAAAAGAUACUAACUUAUUACAACU